AUGUUCGAAAUAGAAAGUGAACUAGCUUGUGUAGCGCUACGCUCACCUAAUUUUUCACAACCCAAAUACUCAAGAACAGGCAUUCGCUCUCCAACUUCUCCCUCUCCUGGUACACCACGCUCGCUAUCACUUUCUCCUUUCUCUAGACAAAUAAGUACUCCUCCUCCGACCAUACAAUCAGACGACGACUCAAGAGGCUUGUUCGGUUCACCUGUACGACAACGCUCGCCGAAUGUCUCUGGGAUAGUACCUUACACACUGAAAAUAAUAAGAAUUUAUAGGUGUACGUACUUCGAGUUUGUACAAUUGGAAGGAGCGUUGAAUUCGUGGGUUAACCCUGUGGAUAACAAGUUCAAACGAAUGUUCUUAGAUUGGCGUUAUGAGGGGCGGGACAUAUACGACAUCAUUGUUACAGAUGGGAUACUGAAGGACAAGGUCCUUCUCCAUCCGAAAUACAACAAAUUCGUACGAACAUCAAAAUUGAAAGAGAAUUCAUACAUCAAAACCCACAAAUAUGCUGUGCGAACAAUAUCUUCUCUGGACACUGGGCGGAAAGAGAAAAUCCCCAUCAUAAACAAUAUCACGACAAUAUUCGACGAAGAUGCGCUUGAUAGCGCCUUUUCUUGUGAUGAAUCGUCAUUAGAAUGGAUAUCCCCAUCAUCCCAGCAAUUUAUCCCAUUGGCAGCGUAUAGGAAAUGCUACUUUUCUCUCCGCAAUGACGAUUUCCUUCGCGAGGAUCCAAGAUGGAAUGAUUUCCGUCUUCCUCUCACGUAUCCAACAAUCCACAACGUAAUAGUCACCAAUUAUGGUACUUUCCCUCCGAUAUCCACUCACUCCAAACAACCCAUGGUUGGGCGCGUCAUUUCCAAGACGUCGAUGCAGAAUUUCUCACGGCCAACCGAUUACAGACACGAAUAUCCAUGGAAGUUUUCGUUCGAAAUACAAGACUGUUCCCACAAGUUAACCGUGACUGUCUGGAAUGAGAAAGCAUUGGAGAUAUUUAAUAGUGUCAAGGUCGGAUGUUUGAUCUGGUUGAACGACUAUUGUGUAAAGAGAAUAAUGACAAAGGACCGACGUAUUGCUGGAAAAGGUGUGGAGGUGACUAUUAAUCCUAGAGAUCCUGAAGGGGAUGUAAGAAUACUUGGGGAUCAUAAUCUUGGAGGUUGGUCCGACGCAAAUAAGAAAACCAGGUUUCCGCCUAUUGAAGUGUGUUUCAUACAGAGUGUUCACCACUAUCGUACGCCUGAUGGUUAUCCCGAGUUUGAUUUAAUCGGCCGUGUCAUAUACGUUGGUCGGUUAGAACAAGUCAAAGGUGAGACUUCAAACCAUGAAAACCAAAUGACCGAAUAUCGUUGGGUAAAACUUCUCGACACUACAUCACCCCGCGAAAUUCUCCUUAAACUAUUCACAAAUUCCCAGCCAGAAAUCAUCUCUAGAUUAUCACCCGGUGACAUACUGCAUGCUACGCGGUUAAUAUGUAAAAGUAUCGAUUACAAUUCAGUUACAAAGAGAGUUUUGUAUCUUCGCCCAACAAUAUGGAGUCAGUAUUAUAUAUUUGUGGAGACGAAUAAUGAGUGGGGUGUGCCGGAUGAAGUCGAUUGGAUUGAUUCUGAGGAUAUGUACUUGGUUCCUUCGUAUACAAAGGAAUUAAAGAAGAUUUCAUGUGUCGGCGGAUAUUUCAAUCUUCCAGUCCCAUUUAAAACCGCCAAGCAAAUGAUGGAUCAUUCCUCGUACAUUUCCUGUGGAAUCGAUAUUCUAAAAGAAAGAGCAGAAGAUCUCUUUGUCGGUGAACGAUAUCGAUGUGUAAUCCAAGGUACAUUAUUACAACUAGAUUUCGGUAAUAACAUUAAAGUCUCCGGUCUCGAUAAAACGUUUGCCGUCGAUCUAUCGGAUGAUGCUAACAAUUGGAUAAAGCGAUUCGAGACUGUGGCUGUCGAAAUGGAUCUAUAUCCCAGCCCGCCGGAUGUAUCCAUCGACGACAUAACGAUUUUCCCAAUAACAGUAUCGAUUAGUGGACAAGAUAACGACAAAAUGGUCAAGAUACAUAUAAUUCCUUCCGCGUCUGAUGAAGGAUGCGGGCGAUUUUUAAGCAAGACUGGCUUCAGACAGUGGCAUCUCAGGACAUUGAUUGAUUUAUUUGAAUUUGCCCUCAUCGAUGAGACAAUGCCUGAGAGCGAUAAUAAAUAUGAAGUCUUCAAAUCAUGGAGUUACGAGGAUUUGUUCGAGAGAUUGAAUGCAUUGAAGAAUGAGCAGUUGAUAUUUAUGUUGGACAUUGUGAGAACAAGAGCAAACGAUAUCGUCAUUGUGCUCACGAAGAUAUUUCCCUUGGAGCAAUGA